CUUCCGGUGACCGCUACCAAAACAACUUUGAUGGUGAUUUUCAGUUCAUUUGUGUUCGCUUUAAGAAAAAAACGGUUAUGUUUUAACAUGAACACCGGACUGAAGCACUGGAAGGAGGCGGCCACUCUGAUUUUAGCAGCGGGUCAUAAGCUCGGUGCGGACAGUUUCUCGACAGCUCACCGCUUUGACUACAAUGUUUUACUGCUUAAAAGAAGCCCGAAAAGCGGAUUCAUGCCCAAUGCUUAUGUGUUCCCUGGAGGUAUGGCGGACUCUUCUGACUUCUCUAGUGAAUGGCUGGACAUUUUUAAAGCUUUCACCAACUCUCAUAACUUCGGCUUGAGGAAUGUCCAACAACCUCCAGAGACCAGGCCGCCAAUAUUUGCUACCGACAGGCUGAAAUUAGGCUCUCCUAUCCCGGGAGAGGUCGCCUUCCGGAUCUGCGCCUUACGGGAGACCUUCGAGGAGUCAGGAGUGUUGCUGUUUGUGUCCAAAGAUGAAGAGAUGAGUUUGCUAGAGAGCCUCAAGGACAGACGCACUACAGAUGAAGUCAAACAUUAUAAAGUGAACGAACUGUGCAGCAGUGAGCUGAGCAGGUGGCGGACUCUAGUCAACCAGAACCCGUCUAACUUCAUCACAAUGUGCAAGGAGCUGGAGGUGCUGCCCAACAUCUGGGCUUUACACGAGUGGGCUAACUGGCUGACCCCCGUUGGGCGAUACGGCGUGACGAGGUUCGACACGGCCUUCUUCAUAUGCUGCCUAGACCAGACGCCUCACACCCUGCAGGACCACAAGGAAAUUGAGCGCUUUCAGUGGUCAACGCCUUCUGACGUCCUGCGAAGCUACCAGGCACGGGAACUGUGGAUCGCCCCCCCUCAGUUCUAUGAACUGGGUCGCAUGUGCCGCUUCCCUGCGCUGAGCGGCCUCCAGAGUUUUGCCAGGCGGCGCUCCGCAGACGGCUGUGAGCAGUGGCUGCCUGUUGUCAUCUUACAGGAAGACAGCUACAUAUCAGUGCUGCCAGGAGAUCAGCUGUACCCGUCAAACUCUUCUGAAGCAACAACAACGGAAACGACCAUGGGCCAAGACGGUUCAGAGACAGCACUGCAUCGCUUCCUGAUCUCGGACCCCUACAGUACGCGCCUGCAGAUCAACAUCACACCCAAGUACAACCACCUUCUGCCUCUGGUCGGCCCUUUUGACUCCGGCACCAACCUUUGACCUGCUCUACAGCUCCCUCUGUGACCACAGAAGGAGCAAAACAUGAGCAAUUACAUUCACAAAGGGUAAAUAUAUACAAUUCCAAAUUGCACAACGUGAUUUAAAGAGGUGACAUUGCAUCAACGAGGCACACAUUCUUAGUAGCAUAUGGCAAUAUAGACAUGGGUUUUGGUAACCUCCACCAUAAUUUAUUUCAUGUUAAUAUAAAAUAUUUAAUUUUAAAUAAAUGUAUAUGUACAAAUGUUCAACCACAAUAAAAUAGUGAGAAGUAAGUGGUAAUGUGUAAUACAAUCGGAGGCUUAUUUUUCAUGUUAUUUGAUUUUAAUUUUGAAAUGUUAGAUUUAAGGUAAUUCAUGUCAGAAAAAUGUACACGAAAGGAAAGAAAUAAUAACGUAAUACAAUCUACAAUCAAUGCUUAAAAUCAAAAUGCCACUAUAAUGACUAAAGAAAUUAAUAAUGAAAACAUGAAAUACUGGUAAGAUCAAUUGUAAAAUAAAAAAAAUAAUAAAAAAACUACAGAAACCACUUAAUACAAAUUGAAAGAAAUGAAAAGAAAACAAAAGAAAUAAUGUGUGUAAAAAUGCAGACGUAUUUUGUUAUUUAUUUUUAAAUACAUAAUAAGUAAAUAAGUAAUAAGUAAUACAGUGCAAUAAAAUCUGAUGCUUAAAAUAAAUAUAGUUCCAAAAAAACAUAGAAAUAGCUAAUAAUUAAAAAAUGACAAAAAAGGAGUAACCACAAAUCAUACAAUAAAAAUAAGCAUAAAAUGUUAUUCAUAAAACCAAAAUGCCACUGAAAAGACUUAAGGAAAACAGUGAUACUGGUAGGUACAUUUGGAAAAAAAGGAACAUUAAAAUCUACAGUAACUAUUUUAAUAUGUAAUAUAAAAGCUAACUAACCUCAGACUUUAAACAGAACAAUCAGAUAUGGUAUACUUGUGUGUGUGUGUGUUCAUUUAGAUUCUAUCAACACAAUAGAGCGUAUUUUAAUGUGUUUUAUUUGUCUUUUGCAGUGACUGAAUUGUGUGAAUGGGGCCAAAUAUCACUAUCCAAUUCAACAUUACACUGUAUGCUGUAACAAAGUCAGUAUUUAAUUUUUUUGUCUAAAUUUUCACCAAUUAAGAUUUUUGGACUGCACAGUGUAUAUGAGUCAAGUUGUGAAAUAAAUUAAUGAUUUAAGAAGCACAUUUUAUGGGAUGAGGUCUCGUAUUUGAAGCAUCCUCUCAAAGAAACGUGAGAAGAAUCUACCAAACGAGAUUGCACCGGCACAAAUGAACACAACUUUGGCUAAUAGCAUGCAUGUAAUAGGAAGUAAUGUGUGAUGAUGGUGCUCCCCGUGUUCUUUGUGUGUCUGUGUUUUAUGUGAGGGGGACCAAGUUGAAAUAACAGCGCUCAACCUUCGUGCUGUUUGCCUUGGAGAGUCAAUUGAGGGUUACCAUGGCAACUCCACAGCCUUGGAAACCUGCUAUCUGUGUCCAAAUGAAGUGAUGAUGCAGUGUUGUGUGUUGCUCACGUCGCUUGUUAAUAUUCUCCUGUAGUAGACUCACCUUUUUAAUGAUGGUCGUGUUCCAAAAGUUAAAUGCAAUUUUUUCUGGGACUGCUUCAAUAUCAAAACUUCGCAAAAAAAAUAUAUAUA